AAAUUAGACAACUUUCUCAGCAAUACGCUCUUCUAUCGAUAAAGCCGUGUCUCAAUCUCAUUUCAUCGCUCAUUCUCAAAUCACUCCACCACCGCGCCUCACCGUCGCCGCCAUCUCCUGCUUCCGCCAGUCUUGAGUCAUCUGUAACCGCUGCCGGAGUCUAAGCUGUUUCGGCCUCUUUCUUCAUCAAUUGAUUGAUAAAUGAAGCAUAUUGUAAAGAUAUUGUCGCUGGUAAUUGCCAUCACUGCUUUAUGGAUUGGCCUUCUACAAACUUCUACCAUUCCUCAAAGUCAUACUUGGUUGCUACCAAUCUAUUUUGUUGUGUCUUUAGGAUGUUACGGUCUAUUAAUGGUUGGAGUUGGUCUGAUGAAUUUUCCUACUUGUCCUCAAGAAGCCCUGUUGUUGCAAAAGGAUAUUGUUGAGGCCAAGGAAUAUUUGAAGCAAAGGGGAGUUGAUGUCAGUACCAGCUGAUGUGUUCUGUAGAUCUUCUCUGAUGUUUAGGAUUAGCUUCCGGUAAUUAAUUACCAGCUGAUGCGUCUGGCAUUCUACCUUUUACUCUAAAUAGUAAUAUACGAACAACUUUGAAUUUCCACUAAUGUAUGCAUACUCUUUCUGUUACAGUCAAUUGUUUUCUUUUAAUUCCUUAUACAUGAUACACAAUUCCUUUUAA